UGGUGUUUUGCCACUGCCACUACCACCGCCGCCGCCACCACCACCACCUUAUAUUUCUUCAUUCUCUUUUUCCUCAGAAUCUCGCCGGGAAAUGGACCAUUGCUGGCGAGUCCGUUUUGGAAUUCCACAGUUUCGUUCCCGGAGAUCGGAACACGAAACCAUGGCCAAACCUACAUGUUCUCGUGCUGCAACUUUCGACGCCGAUGACUUCUCCGAUGUCUUCGGCGGUCCGCCACGGACCAUCCUCUUCAGGCAAUUUUCCGACACGAUUGAGGGUAAAGACUCCACUUCCUUCUACGAAGAAGUAUUCCAAUCCCCCGAGUUAGUUUCUCAGCCGCAGAAGGGCGGCCGGAGCUUGCCGGCCUUCAGAAUCCCUAUUAAAGAGGAUAGGUUUUAUCGCUUUAUUUUUGGAUCGGAAGACGGCCGACAAUCGAGAGAUAGGUCAGAACCGAACUCCAAGGAAUUCACCAGAUCGAACUCGUCUUCGGUAUCCAGCCCCUUUCGGCCGAUCAUCGGAGAUGACGUGGCAUUCCCUUCGUCGUCUUCAAAUCUCAGGCCAAGCAAUGUCCCAACAAAGUGGAGCUCAUACAGAACCAUGUUCAAGGAACAAGAAAUGCCUCAUAUCGAUAACCCGUAUGUGGAAAAUGAACAUUAUGAUAGUUACAGAAGCUCGGGCCAUGUGUUCGGAGUACCCGUGUCGUCCCCAGAAACCAUUAGUCUGGAACCAAAUUCAUUUAGAAGCAUCAAGAUCUGUGUGGAUGAUUUGGAACAAAACUCCCCAUCAUCUGCUGGUUCUUCACACUGUGAGGAUCCAGUUGACUAUAGUGGAAUUUACUGUAAUGUUUUACCAGAAGACGACGAGGACGACGAAGAUGCUAUGAGUUCUUAUGUCAUUGAGAUAACUUCCAUCAAUAGAGAAGAAUAUAGAGAAGAAGUUUCCAUUGAUGAAGCAAUUGCUUGGGCUAAAUCAAAGUAUCAAAGUCCUGUAUCUGAGACAGAUUUGAGUGGUAGACAACAAGAAAGUGAGCAAUCUGGGGAAGAAGAAGGAAGACCUGUUUCAUUUGAAUCUUCAGGUCAGCAGUUGAAUGGAAAUGGAUUGUCACAGCCCGCAGAGACACACCAGAAAGAUGUAAAAGUUGAAGGAGGAAAGCCACGGGUUGACAUUGAUAAAGAAUUGGAAGGAUUAGAUGAGAAAAUAAAGUUAUGGUCAGCUGGCAAGGAGACCAACAUCCGCUUGCUACUUUCUACGCUUCAUUACAUAUUGUGGUCAAGUAGUGGGUGGUCUCCAAUAUCCUUGACAAACCUGAUUGGAGGCUCACAAAUGAAGAAGGCUUAUCAAAAAGCAAGAUUGUGUCUACACCCAGACAAGCUGCAGCAAAGAGGAGCGACAAUGCUGCAAAAAUAUGUUGCGGAGAAGGCUUUUACCAUCCUUCAGGAAGCGUGGGCUGUAUAUAUAUCCCAAGAUGUUUUCCUCAACUAGAGCCUAAUUUCAGUGUGAAGCUCAAGAAAGUAGCAGCAAAUCUGGAACAUUCACAAGGUGAUACUCAUUUUGCAUUAAGAAUUCGAGAGUGGACCUGAUUAUGUAUUAAGAAAGUUGUGUAAAACAGAAAAUCAGGUAAACUCCGGCCUGUUCUGUAUGUAAGAUAUGUCUGCAUAUAUGUGUAGUGUAUGUGUAGACUUGUAUUUCAUUGUGCAGCUACAUUCUAAAGAUGAUUGCUGAACACUUGCGCUUUGCAUAUGUACAAACACAUUUCGAUAGAUUUAUAUAAAUAGAUGUUCAGACCCA